CCUGUCUGAUUAUCAUUACUGCCAACAGAAUGCACAUCAUGUGAUAAAGCCAUUCCAUAUUUCAACCAGUGACCAAAGUGCCCUGAAAGUGUUUUGUUGGUACUUGUUAUUGUGAUGUGUUAUUAAUGUGUUGUUACUCAUCUAAAGUGUGCAUUUGACAACUAUUGCACCAAAAUAAUUAGUACAAAAAUCACAAAUCUAAAAAAAAAAAUGGUUUACAAGUGAGCCAUGGAAAAACACCCAUUGAAAAGGGGCACUGCAUCGACACCAACACACUCAACAUCAUAUCAAUCGGUAAAUAAAAAGUUUACGAACGGAACGCGGGUGACCUACGUGCAUUCGGAUGACGAUAUGAUAGACAUUACUACAUCAGGUGCUACGGACAUACGGUCGGCAAGGGUCCCAGAAGACGAUGAAACCAACGUUAACUAUUCGGUCUCCUUCAGCGGCGCUCAUGAAACAGCUGAUAUCCCUGGGAUCGGCCAAUACGAUGAUUUCCACACGAUCGAUUGGCAGCGGGACAUCGCGAGGGAUCGGAUGCGCCACAGAUACAUCAUCAAGAAGAAGCAGGAUUCCCUGUGGAGUUUGAUCGAGGGCGCUCACGACGCCUGGUCGGGAUGGCUGUGCGUCCUUCUGGUCGGCCUCUUCACGGGCGUCGUCGCCGGCGUCAUAGAUAUCGGAGCCAGCUGGAUGACCGACCUCAAGUUCGGCAUAUGUCCACAGGCUUUCUGGUUGAACAAAGAGCAGUGCUGCUGGUCGUUCAACGAGACAAGCUUCGACGUAGGAAACUGUUCGCAGUGGUUGACAUGGGCUGAAGUGUUGGGUCAGGCGAAGGAAGGUGCCGGUUCCUACAUAAUAUCCUAUCUAUUCUACAUAGUUUGGGCUUUGUUAUUCGCCGCUCUGUCCGCUUCAUUGGUGCGGAUGUUCGCUCCAUAUGCUUGUGGCAGUGGUAUACCUGAGAUUAAAACUAUUCUCAGCGGUUUCAUUAUUAGGGGAUAUUUAGGUAAAUGGACGCUGAUCAUCAAGAGCGUCGGUCUCAUCCUCUCCGUCUCAGCGGGUUUGAGUUUGGGAAAGGAAGGUCCCAUGGUUCAUAUAGCUUGCGCCAUAGGGAAUAUCCUAUCAUAUCUGUUCCCAAAAUAUGGGAGGAACGAGGCUAAAAAGCGUGAAAUCCUUUCGGCCGCUGCAGCAGCCGGCGUCUCCGUCGCUUUCGGUGCUCCAAUUGGUGGUGUUUUGUUCAGUUUAGAAGAAGUGAGUUACUACUUUCCGCUGAAGACCCUUUGGAGAUCGUUCUUCUGCGCGUUGAUUGCCGCUUUCAUCUUGAGAUCCAUAAAUCCGUUCGGCAACGAACACUCCGUACUCUUCUUCGUCGAGUACAACAAACCAUGGAUUUUCUUCGAGCUGAUACCGUUCAUCCUUCUCGGUAUCAUCGGCGGCGUAAUUGCGACGAUCUUCAUCAAAGCGAAUUUGUACUGGUGCCGCUACAGGAAAUUCUCGAAAUUGGGUCAAUAUCCAGUGACCGAGGUGCUCGUCGUUACCGUAAUUACGGCCAUCAUCGCCUAUCCCAAUCCGUACACCCGCAUGAACACCAGUCAGCUGAUUUAUCUUCUCUUCAGCCAGUGCGGAAUAUCCAACACCGAUAACUUAUGCGAUUACAAUAGGAACUUCACUGAUGUGAAUUCGGCUAUAGAGAUUGCUGCUGCCGGUCCUGGCGUAUAUCAAGCCAUCUGGCUGCUCAUCUUGGCUCUGAUCCUGAAGCUCGUCAUGACCAUCUUCACGUUCGGCAUCAAAGUUCCGUGCGGUCUGUUCAUCCCUUCGCUGUGCCUGGGCGCCAUCGUCGGUCGCAUCUUCGGCAUCGGUGUCGAGCAACUGGCCUAUCACUAUCCGAAGACCUUCUUCUUCUCCGGCGAGUGCUACGCCGGUGAUGAUUGCAUAACGCCGGGUCUGUACGCGAUGGUCGGUGCGGCGGCCGUCCUCGGCGGUGUCACCAGAAUGACAGUGUCUUUAGUGGUAAUAAUGUUCGAAUUGACUGGAGGUGUUCGGUACAUCGUGCCCUUGAUGGCAGCGGCCAUGGCCAGUAAAUGGGUCGGGGAUGCGCUGGGUCGUCAGGGCAUCUACGAUGCUCACAUCGCAUUGAAUGGAUACCCAUUUUUGGACUCCAAGGACGAGUUCGCGCACACCUCGCUCGCCGCAGAUGUCAUGCAACCCAAACGAAACGAGACACUGAGCGUAAUAACCCAAGAUUCGAUGACCAUGGACGACGUCGAGAAUCUCCUGAAGGAGACGGAACACAACGGAUAUCCGGUGGUCGUCUCCAGAGAAUCGCAGUACCUGGUCGGAUUCGUUCUUCGGAGAGACCUAAAUCUGGCUAUAGCGAACGCCAAGCGAUUGGUGGACGGAAUUUGUGGACAGUCCUUGGUCGUGUUCUCCAGCGGAAACCCGCCCCAAACUUUGGGACCACCUCCAUUGAAGCUGAAGAAGAUCCUGGACAUGGCACCAAUCACCAUCACCGAUCAAACGCCGAUGGAAACUGUAGUCGACAUGUUCAGAAAAUUGGGCCUCAGACAAACCCUAGUCACACACAAUGGACGUCUUUUGGGUGUGAUUACGAAGAAGGAUGUGCUGAGACACGUGAAGCAGAUGGAUAACGAAGACCCUAGUUCCGUUUUGUUCAAUUAGAGCUGUAUAGGGAAUCCCAUACAUAAGAU